AUGCGCUGCGGCUUCUGGGACUACGAGCCCGGUGCAGGCGUUUGCUUCCGUCGUCAUCCUCAUUUUCCGAACCAAACUGCAUCAGAAUCCCGCAUUUAAGCAUGAGCUUCACAGUCGAAGAGAGGGGGAACCCUAAUUCCCUGAGCUACCGUUUGUUCUUCAGAAAUGCUGAAGGAAAGUACAUCUCACCAUUCCAUGACAUACCAUUAUAUGCUGACGAGAGUCAGAACAUCUUCCACAUGGUUGUUGAGGUACCAAGAUGGACAAAUGCAAAGAUGGAGAUUGCUACAAAAGACAUCCUGAAUCCAAUAAAGCAGGAUGUGAAAAAGGGCAAGCUGCGGUUUGUUGCCAAUGUUUUCCCACAUAAAGGCUACAUCUGGAACUAUGGAGCAAUUCCUCAGACGUGGGAAGAUCCAGCACAUAAAGAUGGAGACACUGGCUGCUGUGGCGACAAUGAUCCCAUCGAUGUCUGUGAAAUCGGCAGUAAGGUGUGCUCUCGUGGGGAGGUAAUCAGAGUGAAGAUACUUGGGAUCCUGGCCAUGAUUGAUGAGGGUGAGACUGAUUGGAAAGUGAUUGCAAUCAACGUAGAGGACCCUGAAGCCAGUGGAUUUAACAACAUCAGUGAUGUCCAGCGCCUGAAACCCGGUUACCUAGAAGCCACAGUGGACUGGUUCAGGAGGUACAAAGUUCCAGAUGGGAAACCAGAAAACUGCUUUGCUUUCAACGAGGAGUUCAAAGACAAGGACUUUGCCAUUGAAGUAAUUCGAAGCACACACAACUUCUGGAAGGCCCUCAUUUCCCAAAAGACUAAUGCUGGGGAGCUCAACUGCAAAAACACUUGUGUCUCAUCUGGUGAAAGUCCUUACUGCUGCUCAGCAGAUGAGGCCAAAGCUGCAGUUGGUGAGACAUGUCCUUGUGGAAAAGAAGAGCUGAUCCCCUCAUCAGUUGAUAAAUGGUUCUACUAUGAGAAGAAGUGAUCCAGUAGCUGAAAGAGUUGGAGCAGGAAAGACUCAUCUGUGUUGGAAAUACUUGAAGAUGGACGUCUUUAUAGAUGGAGGGGUAGCGGUUAGAUACUGUAGAGACAGAGAAGAGUCAAAAUGCACUCAUGUCACCACCAGUUAUCAGAUAUUUAACAAAGAUCUCUUUGGAGAUGUGCUGUCAUUCAAGUACAGGUACUGUCUCAUAGAUAUUUCUGCGCUGUAUGACACUGGAUUGCUUUAAUAAAGCUUCUCUGGUUAAAUUAUCA